UGGGGGGGAAACAAGGAAAUUCAAACUGUUUUUUGGAAGCAGAAUGGGGUGCAGUGCUGGGACUUCGAGCGAGGCUUUGAGUAUUUGAAGUGGCACCCCUGGCUCUAGCAUGGGAUUUGUCGGGUCAGGUUUCAGCUCGCAUCAGGCCUUUUGAGAGCAUUCCCUGUAAACUCUAGAGAAGAUUCCAGGAAAUCGGCCGUCUCUGAGAUGCUCAAAGCACCAGCAAACAUUCCAUGGUCAAAGUCACAUAGAUCACAUUUCGUCCCCAUUGUGAUUGAACAGCAACUGAACCUCUUCAGCACAUCUGCAUAUUUUUAAGCAUUGUUGCUGCCACAUGAUCAGUAUAAUGCGGGUUUGUUGGCUUGUGAGUAAAGACGGAAGGCACCAACCAAUACGCCUUGCACACUCUACCUGUGUAUUCAUUGGACGGAGUCCAGUGACCAAAAUUACGGAUAAAAAAUGUUCCCGGCAGCAAGGUCAGUGGAGAAGUAUAGAUUACCUUUACAGUUGAGAGCGGAUUACAAUAAAGGAUUUGUUCUCGUUAAGCAGUUAGGGAUAAAUCCAAGCAACAUCAAUUCAGAAGAUGUGGGAAAAGACAGGGAAGUGAAGUUGAAGCCAGGACAGAUUCUUCACCUUGUCAAUCAGUUAUAUCCAUACACCAUUAAAUUUGAAGAAGAAAUCUUAGAAAAAAAGAAGCUGUCACCGAAGAGACCCCAUGAAGAAAUUUCUCUUAACCCUAGCUCUGGCACAUUGAACAAAUGCCUUAAGACUGAGCACUUGAGUCCAAAGGAGCAUGGCACGUUUAAUAACAAACUUGAAAGGAAGAAAGAGAAGAGAAAUGAUGAACAAACAAUGAUGACAGCGAAGAGUGCAGAAAUACCAGAAAAAAAUGAUUUUCGGGGAAUGUGGAGUCAGGGGCUAAAAGUCUCCAUGCAAGAUCCAAAAUUGCAGAUAUAUAAAGAUGAUAUCGUUGUAGUAAUUAAAGACAAAUAUCCAAAGGCUCGUUUUCACUGGCUGGUAUUACCGUGGGAAUCUAUCUCCAGUCUAAAGGCUGUGAGAAGGGAUCACCUAAAUUUGCUUCAACACAUGAAUGAAGUUGGAGAAAAGCUGGUGAGAGAAUAUGUGGAUUCCAAAGCAUUAAGAUUUCGAUUGGGUUACCAUGCUAUUCCAAGCAUGAGCCACAUGCAUCUCCAUGUUAUCAGCCAAGAUUUUGAUUCUCCCUGCUUGAAGACCAAAAAGCAUUGGAAUUCAUUUAAUACUGAUUAUUUCCUGGAAUCCCAAGAUGUGAUGAAGAUGGUGGAACAGAAUGGAAAGGUAAUUGUCAAGGAUGACAUGCCUGAAUUGUUAAAAAUGCCAUUAUUGUGCCAUGUCUGCCGACAGGAAUCGUCCACCAUUCCACAAUUGAAGGAGCACCUGAGAAAGCAUUUUCCUUAAAGUUUAGCAAUUCCAUUGUCUCCACGUCUUUCCAGCAUCAUUCAUCCACCUGUUUGCUAUUUGCUGUGCUGCUGUGCAGUUUAAUAAAGGUUUGUUUCUUAUUAUUUGGAAAAUGAAAAACAAAAAAGGCUUACUGGUAAAUAAAUUUAAUUACAUACUUUA